AUGGAAGAAAAAAGCGCGUUCACUACUAUUUUCACCCCAAAUAGUGACACAGAACUGAUCUGCAGAGGUCUUAACCGCCGGAACAAAACCGACGAUGCGGCGACGACGGAGGAGGAAAGUCUGAAUUCUGGCCUCCAGACCCUGCAUGUAUCGACCGAGAUAUUUCGCGACGUUACUAAAGAGAUCAAAAGCAUCCGCGAUCUACAAGAGCUCCCGCAUUACACGGACGGCGCAACUACGGAAAUACGCUUGCUCGUCUCAUCAACCCUUCUUAUCGCCGCAUCGCCCGUCUUCGCCGUCAUGCUCAACGGAAGUUGGGCGGAAAGCCGCAAAAACGACAACGAUCGAUACGAAAUCAUAACGAAAGACUGGAACGCCGAAGCGCUGUUUAUCCUCCUCAACAUCAUACAUCAUCGACGCGUUGCCGAGUACAUUGACUUCGACACUAUCGUUGAGCUUGGUCGUGUAUGUGACUACUACAAGUGUCAGAAAGUAGUCGAGGUCUUUGUGGAUAAAUGGCUUGUCCCGUUUGAGAUGGAUAGACCGAAUACGAUAUCCCCGGGACUGGGUGUAGAGGGCCUCACGACGUGGAUCUUUAUUGCUUGGGCUUUCAAUAAGGAACAAUUGUUCAAUGAGUUAGUGGAAGUGGCUUUGAAGAACUGCAAAAGUCCUUUGCUCGAAGACGCAUCAUCACUACCCCCAUUCAUCAUCACACGCAUCGAAGCCCGGCGGCAGCAUCUAAUGAAGACCAUCCUCGACUAUGUGUAUUCUUUUCACGAGUCUCUCAUAUCGCAUGUGGAUUCCUGCCCACAGCGAUGUCCAACGCUCAUGCUUGGAAAUGUCACAAAGCACAUUCGUCGGAGUGGAUUGAAGAUUCCAAGAGAAGAGGGGGAACUGGACGGAAGAAGCUGGGUGAGCUUAAGACAAUUCGCUCGCAACAUUGUCAAACCGACUUAUCUUGGGCAGUACUUCAAUCAUCCUCGCGGUCCUCCGCAUCAGUGCCCGUUUGCGAUGAUCAAGUCGGAAUCUUGGUGGAAGGAGGCAUCGAAAAGGGUUAUAGAUGGAUGUCGUUUUGAAGAUUUCAAGCGCUUGAUUUAUUAG